GGGGCGCGCGGGGACCAUGCCCGGAGGCCGGCCGGCCGCAGCAUGGCUCACGGGCCCGGCGCGCUGAUGCUCAAGUGCGUGGUGGUGGGCGACGGGGCGGUGGGCAAGACGUGCCUGCUCAUGAGCUACGCCAACGACGCCUUCCCCGAGGAGUACGUGCCCACCGUCUUCGACCACUACGCCGUCAGCGUCACUGUGGGGGGCAAGCAGUACCUUCUGGGACUCUAUGACACGGCAGGACAGGAAGACUAUGAUCGUCUGAGGCCUUUAUCCUAUCCAAUGACUGAUGUCUUCCUCAUAUGCUUCUCCGUGGUCAAUCCAGCCUCAUUUCAAAAUGUGAAAGAGGAGUGGGUACCGGAACUUAAGGAAUAUGCACCAAAUGUACCCUUUUUAUUAAUAGGAACUCAGAUUGAUCUCCGAGACGACCCCAAAACUUUAGCAAGACUGAAUGAUAUGAAGGAAAAACCUAUAUGUGUGGAACAAGGACAGAAACUAGCAAAAGAGAUAGGCGCAUGCUGCUAUGUGGAAUGUUCAGCUUUAACCCAGAAGGGAUUGAAGACUGUUUUUGAUGAGGCUAUCAUAGCCAUUUUAACUCCAAAGAAACACACAGUUAAAAAAAGAAUAGGAUCAAGAUGUAUAAACUGUUGUUUGAUUACGUGAAAAACAUCUUCAGUGGCCAACAAAACUGUCAGUUUCUCUUAGAAAGCGUAUGAAAUGCUACAGCGAUACCCAGACCUCUUACAACGAAGCAGUUUAAAACUUGAAAGAAAACAAAACCUGUCCUCAGAAUUCUACAAAGUUCAUUAAGAAUGUUCCUUACAGGUCUAAUAAGCAGCAAACAGAAUCUGAAGCCACAAUCUGUUAUAAAUACUUUAUUUCAACUAGAAGGUACAAUCUCUCAGGGUUUUCAUAGUUUAAAAAGCUACAAUCACAUGGUGAAACUACAUUAAACAACAACAGUGCUGUAAAUGGAACUGCUUGGCUUCGACCAUAUACAUUACUGCACAGCCCUUACGGAAUCUGCACAAAGAAUUAUCUUCUCCCUUUGCUCCAGUUAAUUGUUCUUGUAUGUAAGUUGCUUUCUAUUCCAGUAUAUCCAGAGUGGUGAAAUAACAAGGCCAGCCACAUAGCCAAAGGUUGCUCCAAGCGUACAGGAGAUGGGCCAUACCUGAGGAGAGAAUGUAUGAGAUCAAAAGCGAACAAAUGUUUAUUAUUACCUGAGCACAAGUUCCAUGUAACCUAAAUAUUUCUAUAUUAAAGCUUACUGUGCUUUCUUAAAGAAUGCCAAAAGUAUAAUCAGGUCAUGACUGCAUUUAUCAUCAACACUACAAAUGUACACAUUUCAGUUAAUGUGCAUUAAACUGUAACAAGGCUUCUGACAAUUGUAGAUUUAGUCUGAUGCUCCCCAGACUGCAUGAGAUACAUGCUAAAAUUACAAAUCAAAAUUCUGGGUCAGACUUUGCCACAACCAUGGACUCAGUUUAGCGCUCUGAACUAGCUGGUCAGUUUUUUUAAAUUCCCACAGUGGCUGUGUACAUCAGAUGAAAUGAGAGGUGUGUGUGCUGACCAGAACACAAGAGAAUUUCGACUUAUGUUAAAGAGUCAAAACCUAGAAUCUAAGCAUGUUACGUGAAAUUUAACACAGAGCAGCUGCUUCUGUAAUAAAGGUCACCUUUGAGAUGCAGGCAGACAUUGCAACCAUAGCAGAAGUUACAGAACCACAAUUUAUGUACACACUCAGAGUGUAAGUUCAACACAAUACCCCUGGCUUCCAAAUACUAUUCUCUCCAGUUGUAUUACAUCUCACAAUAUUCCAUUAAGCCAGAAAUGUUGGUUUAAUUCACAAGCAGUAUGUAUCUGUCCCGAGAUGAGGUGAAAGGCUCUGCUUAAAAAAAAAAAAUUGGAAACAAACUUUUCAUGUUCAUCUGUAAAGCUUACAUGUUAUACUGGAGCCGUUUCUAGUCACCUGAGGAACAGGCCUUAGAACUGUGUUAGAGGUGAACCUUUUUAAUAGCUGGUCCUGUUACCUAAUUUACUUCAUUUCGUCUGCUAUGGAACUCCCAUGUUCCACAUGCCACACAACACGUAGGAGUGUUAGACAAAGUGUGAACCACCUAAUGCAGUUUUGAGACGCAUAAUCUAACCCAUAAUUUUCCCAGCCUUCCUUACAUUUCAAUUUGCUGUUGUGUAAAUUAUGAUUUGUCUUUAGUAGGCUUCUGUUAAUCUUUUAUGAUUUAUAUUUACAGCUGUAUGUAUUGCACAGAUUGGGUAAUGGAACACUAAACAUUUAUACUUGAAAAUGACCGCCUUAAAUGCUUAUAUCAGUCACAAAUCUAGGAUGUACUGUCUUUGUAUGUGAGCUUUGUAGAGAUUUUUAAAAAUACAAGCAUCAUCUUCCCCAUUGAAGCGUGGAGAAUCUGCGGGAUAACUAGUCAGAAGCUUCUCUCAGAACUGGACAUUGGAUAUCUUCCUUCUCUCAAGAAUGGUGGUUCACACUCUCAUGGCCUUAUGUAUGCUCAAAUGAAAUCCUCUGUAACUUUUUCAUUUAAUUUUGGUCUAUUUUUAGAUAGAAUUUAAGGAAUUGUAUACAUCAGCUAACAUAUUAUCUGAGUUGUCCAACACAUGGUAUAAAGGAAUUACGACAGUAAAGUAUUAUACAUUUCCUAGUUGCCUUUGGGAAUUUGAUGGGGAUUUCCUUUUUCUAAUUUACAUCCUUGAAACCCUUCACACUUGGUUUUACUAGGCAAUGAAAAUAUAAUCCUGCUCUAAGAGAUGGAUUAGGAAUCUGGAAACACAAACUGGUGUCAGCUGCUUCUUGACUGGGCCUGUUUCCUCACCCUAAGAUUUGGGAGGUGGAAGAGAUGAUCUCCAGUGUCUCUCCCAUUUAUCCGUUCUUAGUGUCUUCUUCCUGGUUCACAACAGUCACUGUUGGACACCCCCUUCUCCCGAUGGUAAGGGUCACGUACACAGACUGUCAGAGCUCCAAGCGAAGAUGAUUGUAUCAUCGGAACCUGAGGUGCCUUAGGUACUCUACUGACCUUGAUGCGGUUUGGAGUUUCCCAUUGCUUAUUCAGCGCUUUUUAAUUGCUUUAGUUAUUUCGUGUUUCUUUUGGCAAAAUCCUUCCUGCCACUUAAACUAAAAACCAAAGAUUUGUUUUCUAUUCAUAAGCAGAUUGUAGAAAAGUUGCCUUAUUUUCAGAGACAUGUUUUUUCAUUAAAGGCUUAGGUUUUAAUAGAAAUUCUGAUGAAUCUCUGGAAUGACUCUUUCAAACUAGUGAACUGUUUGAGAAAUAAAAUACACUUCAAAAUAUUUUAUUGCCAUGAAUUUUGCUAGUGAAUGCAAAUAUAUUGCUUCUAAUAAGGUCAUGUAUGAAAGAACUUAAAAGAGAUUUGUAGUUAAUCCAUUUUUGCAUAUAGUGGAUUAGUUCUAAAGUUCUUAAAAAUAUUUUUAGUGACUUCCUGAAAUCUUAUUUAAUACUUGGCUAAUUUACGUCCUUAGUUUAUCUCUGUAGGUACAUUUUAGAUUACCCAGGUUGAAAAAUAUUUCUAGUAAGUAGAGCUUGAAUUAAUGGUGUUUGUCAUAAAUUCUUAGUUACUUUAGAGGCUGCUUCCGUUGGAUUUUUAAUUACUUUAAAUACCAAAUUAAAUAUUGGUUUGUUGGUUGUUGCUAAAGUGAUUGUUAACUUUAACAGUGUCCCUUCUUAACACGUGGGGUUACAAAUAAAAUGAUACGCAUAGUUUACUA